CAAAAGUUCUUGUCGAAACUCGUAAAAUUAUUAUUAUUAAUUAAAAAAAGAGCAAUCUUUCACGGACUGGUGUGUUGCUCCUGCUUCUUCCCUCUUUUUGUUUAUUUUUUAACAAAAUCUUGGAAUUUAGAGAGAGAUAGAGAGAGAGAGAGAGAUGAUUCAGUGUGUGUGAGAUGUAAAGAAAGUGACGUGUUGGAGCCCAAGAGACGUUCUUGCAUUGAUCCAUCACGGGUUUGCAAUAAACCAUGUGAUUAGCGUUCACAUAAUCCUGGAUUUUUAUCUCUAUAAAAAACCAGUUUUCCUCAAGAUUUUUACACAUUCAUACCGCCAUCUUCGUUUUUCUUCUUUGAUUCUUAGCAGGGAGGUCAUAGCAAUUCAAUGGCCCCUGCAGAACACUAUCUUCUCCUUUGCGUUCCCAUCCUCUGUUUCAUUCUGUCAGUUUCCAGGCCCGUUUUUGCUGAGAGAAAGCCCGUUUUCGCCUGCGAUGUGACGAGCAAUCCGGGGUUGAUGAAUUUUAGCUUCUGUGAUCCGUCAUUGGACCUGAAAACCCGAAUGGAUGAUCUGGUGAGUAGGCUGACGUUGCAAGAGAAAUUCGGGUGGCUGGUGAGUGGUGCAAGGGGAGUGAGCAGGCUUGGAAUCCCGAACUACGAGUGGUGGUCUGAGGCUUUACAUGGAGUCUCCUACACCGGACCUGGAACCAAGUUUGCGAGCCCGGUUCCAGGGGCCACUAGCUUUCCUCAGGUCAUUCUCACUGCGGGAACCUUCAAUGAGUCUCUGUUCGAGCUCAUUGGAAAGGUGGUUUCCACUGAGGCAAGAGCAAUGUACAAUGUUGGACUAGCAGGAUUGACAUUUUGGUCCCCGAACGUCAACAUAUUUCGUGACCCCAGAUGGGGGCGAGGCCAAGAAACUCCAGGAGAAGACCCUCUGCUUUCCAGCAAGUACGGUGCAGCUUAUGUAAGAGGCUUGCAGCAAACAGACGAUGAUAAUGAAGAAAGACUCAAAGUUGCUGCUUGCUGUAAACAUUACACUGCUUAUGAUUUGGAUAAUUGGAAAGGGAUACAGAGAUACACUUUCAAUGCUCUGGUAACGCAGCAAGAUUUGGAUGACACAUACCAGCCCCCAUUCAAGAGCUGUGUUCUUGAGGGAAACGUUGCUAGUGUGAUGUGUUCGUAUAAUCAAGUUAAUGGCAAGCCGACGUGUGGUGACCCUGACCUCUUGGCUGGUGUCAUUCGAGGCGAAUGGAAAUUGAAUGGGUACAUCGUUUCAGACUGUGAUUCUCUAAAUGAAAUGUUCAAUUCCCAACAUUACACCAAAACUCCCGAGGAGACUGCUGCUUUGGCUAUGAAAUCAGGCUUGGAUCUUAACUGUGGAUCUUUCUUGAUCACGCAUGCUCCAGCUGCAGUAAGUCGUGGGCUUCUAAACAUAACGGACAUCGACAGAGCUGUGGCAAACAAUUUUGCAACGUUGAUGAGACUAGGGUUCUUUGAUGGGGAUCCAAGCAACCAACUUUAUGGUAAUCUUGGUGCUGGAGAUGUGUGCACCCCAGAAAAUCAAGAACUUGCCCGCGAAGUAGCACGACAAGGGAUUGUUCUGCUCAAGAACACUGAAAACUCACUGCCUUUAUCCCCUACGACCAUCAAGUCCAUGGCAGUGAUCGGCCCCAAUGCUAAUGUAACCCACACCAUGCUUGGAAAUUAUGAAGGCACACCUUGUAAGUAUACGACCCCAUUGCAAGGCCUAAUGGCCUCUGUCCCAACAGUGUACCAGCCGGGAUGUGCAGACGUGUUGUGUGCCACUGCUCAAGUAGAUGAUGCCAAGAAAAUAGCAUCCACAGCUGAUGCUGUUGUUCUAGUUAUGGGCUCGGACCAAUCCAUCGAGAGAGAAAGCCUGGACAGGGUGAAUAUAACUCUUCCAGGAGAGCAGCAAAAUUUGAUAACUGAGGUUGCAAAAGUGUCCAAAGGACCUGUAAUUCUUGUUAUAAUGUCUGGAGGGGGCAUGGAUGUCCAGUUUGCAAAAGAUGAUCCAAAAAUCACUAGCAUUCUCUGGGUUGGUUUCCCUGGAGAAGCAGGUGGAGCUGCUAUCGCAGAUGUGAUCUAUGGAUACUACAAUCCAUGUGGAAGACUACCUAUGACUUGGUACCCACAAUCAUACGUUGAACAGGUUGACAUGACUAACAUGAACAUGAGACCAGACCCCGCGACAGGGUACCCUGGUCGAACUUAUCGCUUCUACACCGGGCCAACAGUCUUCAAAUUCGGAGACGGGCUCAGCUACUCUCAGUUCGACCACCAGUUAGUCACAGCCCCAAAGCUCAUCUCCAUCCCGUUGGAAGAAGGGCACGUUUGUAAGUCCUCAACGUGUUGGUCCAUCGAUGCUGUUGAGCGUAGCUGCAAGAACGCAGCUGUCAACGUUCAUCUAAGAGUAAAAAAUGUAGGAAAUUACAGCGGAAGUCACACGGUUCUCUUGUUCUCUAGCCCUCCACAGGUGCAUAAUGCAGCUCAGAAACACUUGUUGGGAUUUGAAAAGCUGCAUUUGACACCACAGGCAGAAGGGCAGGUGAGAUUCGACAUCGAUGUUUGCAAGCAUUUGAGUGUGGUGGAUGAAAAUGGUGCAAGGAAAGUGGCGUUGGGAGAGCAUGUUCUUCAUGUAGGAAGCUUGACACAUUCCUUGAAUGUAAUGAUUUGAAGAAAUUUCUCAUGCUGCUUUCUCUCCUUUGCAUGAAAGCAAGGAACACCAGAUUAGAUUGAAGAAGAAGAAGAAGAAACAAUUGAUUACAAUUGUGACUAUGUUUCUUCUAGCAUUGCUUCCUUUCAAAUGCCAACUUGUGUACUAAUAUGAUGAAAAUAUAACGGAUGUAAUGGUCUCUCACA